GACAAUUCAGCAGAAGUGCCAAAUGUCUCUACGGCCGCCUAUGAUAAAGAUGAAUGAUUAUUCGGAAGCGGGGUAGUAGGAUAAUUUCUAACCUGAUGGGAAAAGGACGCGGCAGGCCCCAGAAAUGUUACCCUCAACUCCAUGGGAAUCUUUUUUACAAAGCACCCUUCACGUCCUGUGCUGGUGUAGUCUUCAUGCUGCUCCACGGCCGUACUCGCUUUCUGAACGCCUGCAUCGGGAGUUGACAUCACGGAAACUCUCCCUGACCUACGAUUAUUUACACACCCAGCCAUCACAUCUUUUGAAUCUGACAUUAUGUGGUCUUCUUCCAGGGCCGCAGUCACCGUCAGGCGACGGUGAACCUCUUCCAUCGAUCAAAUCCCCGCCUUACAUGGCGGCGGGGCACCAUUUGGUUUACUUUCCUCCCCAAGUCACACUAUCUCAAUUACUCCCUGAUGGCACCGAUUCCUUGCAUAGCCCUGGGCAGCCGUUCAACAGGCGCUUGUGGGCAGGGGGGAGAGUGAGGUUUCCAACCAUAGGCGGUGGGCCAUUCCUUGACGGCAGCCGAGCCGUCUGCAUUGAAACAAUUCGUAACGUGGUCGUGAAAGGGCAGGAAGGCAAAGAAAAAGUGGUUGUUAGCAUUGAGAGACGGGUAGGCACAGUAGAAGAGGGAGAAAGUUCAGAGGAUGUCAAAAGACGACUAUGGACACCGAAUGAAGAGGACGUUGGAGAGUCGUCAGUCAUCGAGACCAGGGACUUGGUUUUCAUGCGUGAAAAGACCCAAGAGCAGAUCAGUCACGAUAAAGAACAUUUUGAGAAAAAUCACAGGAUUGCAUAUCUCCCCAAGUCAAACCGUGUCAUCAAAGGAAUUGAAUACAAAAAUUUGGCCCCUCUUUAUGUGGAAGAGGAGCUGACAGUAUGCGGCAAACCAAAGAUCAGCAAGGGCCCUGGGUCUUGGGACGUUUGGAUUGAGGGUAAGGAUGGAGGCCUUGCCGUCCGAGCUGUAAAAAUGGAUCUUUUCUGGUCUGCUCCUCCCGUUACCAGGACUCUCACUGCACUUACAUUUGCCCAGUCUGCUUUGGUUUAUGGUGGCCUUCUCAGCGGGUACCAUGUGGUUUUUUUACCAAGACUCGUUUUUAAGCUUCUUCCUGAUGCCUGGAGAUUAUUCUCGCCGUUCUUGCUGACGGGCCCGAAUCUCUCCUUCAUCUUCGACUUAUAUUUCAUGUUUACCUAUGGCAAUGCUCUGGAAACAGGUUCAGCUCGGUUCAGCUCACCUGGUGACUUUUUCACUUAUGUGUGUUUUGUAGCCACUGUCAUUAUGCUCACUGCAGGUUGCCUACUGAACAAUGUAAUCUUUACUUCUGCAUUGGUUUUGGCAUUCGUCUACACCUUUGCCCAGGAAAAUCGUGGCAAAAAGGCGACCUACUUCGUGUUCCAGAUCCCCGUCGAGUAUCUGCCAUGGGCAAUGCUUGCUUUUACGUUGGUUCUUUCCGGGUGGCCCGCGGCGUUACGUGACGGUACUGGUAUUGUCGCCGCCCAUAUGCAUGACUUUCUUACACGCAUAUAUCCAACUUUUGGUGGAGGCCGGAAUUACAUUGCUACGCCAGAUUUCGUGAAAAGAUUUUUCAGCGCAUAUACGCCUAGAGAAGAGUAUCGCUCCUACGGAACAGCCUACCGGUCGGGGGGGCAGCCUCAGGAAUCCUCGUCAAGUGGCUGGGCUUCAUCUUUCCAAGGGACCUGGGGAGGAAGAGGCCCAGGAAGAAGACUUGGUGGAGGUUAAAGUACAUAAAAUGUACGUGACAAAUAAGGCAUUGAGGGUGCAUUCGAACGCCGUGCUUUAUUGACUCUCCCCGUGUUGAAGAACUAUCUUAGUGUAACUACUUUGUUAGCUACUUGAUUAGUUACUGGAGGAAAUCAGCGGUUUUUGUAUUGUAUGCUGCAGUAGAAGUGUUUUGCUUCGAUAUGCAGAGAUAACGUUUUUUAAAAGGAAUAGUUCCUUCGCUAUAUAAUAUUUUCAUCCGUAUUCUUUUGCCACGGUCGAGGACUCGAUCAUCGCAAGUCACGAGUGGCACUAACCCGUUUUGUCCGUGGAGCUGUCCGCCGCACUUCAAUUUUUCC